UAUUUUUGAGCUGUUGUUUUGAUGCUUUUGCCGCUGUGUUUUGUAGAUAUAAAUAUUGUAAAAGACAUUAUUGCUUUAACUUUAAAAUGAAGACUGACCCAGCACCACCAGGUGAAAAACCUAAAAUACCUUUACCAACUCUAUCUCAAAUCAAUGCAGACAGAAUAACGCAGCUCGCCACACAGUACUGGUCCCCGCAAACUAAGGAUAACCACCUACCUUAUGAUGCCUCAAUUGUGGAAUCUAUAUACCAAGCUGAAAUCCUUGGUUCCAAUUUCUCAGUACGUCGGAUCAUGAUGCUGGAGUUCUCUCAAUACCUAGAGAACUACCUGUGGCCGCACUACGAGGCGGGCAAAGCGACUCAUGCGCACAUGAUGUCCAUCAUCGUCAUGAUUAACGAGAAGUUUAGAGAACGAGUGCAAGCUUGGCAGGCUUUCCUCAAGAAACCAGAGCACUUCCCUGCAUUCUUUGAGCAGGUACUCCGUGCUAGCGUCGCUGACGACCUCACAAGUCGCAACAUGAGAGAACAGACUGGUCUUUUGCUGUUUCUGAACCACUGCUUUGGCAGCAUGGAGGUUCAGCUGUGCAGGGACCAGGUGAAACGGCUAGUGUCGCUCAGUAUGUGGAUCAGUUUGCAAGAAGGUAGGAGAAACCAAGAAUUCAAGACAGUACCAAAAUGGCGGAAAUACUGGCGAGCGAUACAGAAGAAGGACAAACCAGAGUUGCUUGAGAAACUAAACUGGGAGCGGCGGUACUUGCAGCAGCUCAUGGUCAAGUUUAUGAAGAUCUUGGAGUCUAUACCCGAGGAUGGGGAUGUAGACGCUAAUGCUGUCAGAUACUGCGAGCGGUUCCUAGAGUUAAUGAUAGACUUGGAAGCGUUGCUGCCUACGCGCAGGUUCUUCAACACCGUGAUGGACGACUGUCACCUCGUAGUGAGGUGCCAGCUGGCGCCGCUGUCGAGGAGGCCAGAGGGUCAGCUGUUUACACAGCUGCUGCAGAUGCUGAAAUUUUACGCCAAUUUCGAGAUCAGUGACGAGACUGGUGACCCGAUGACUGAUCGGGAUAUGACCCUACAACACUAUUCCAGGAUUACUUCCUUACAGAAAGCGGCCUUUGCGAAAUUCCCCGAUUUGCGGCUUUUUGCCCUGGCUAACGUAGCUAGCGUUGAUACCAGGGAAUCGUUACAGAAGCAUUUUGGAAAUCUCAGCGACAAGGCGCUGCGUGCGAUCGCAACUUAUUUGAAUCUCGUGCCCGCUGAAGGAAAAGAACAAGAGGCACCAUGGCACAGGGUGGACAAACAAUUCCUGAAAGAAUUACUGAUAUCCCGCCACGAACGCCGCAUAUCCCAAUUAGAAGAGUUGAAUUCUAUGCCUCUUUACCCCACGGAGGAGGUUAUAUGGGACGAGAACGUGGUCCCAACGGAGAUUUACAGCGGGGAGAACUGUCUGGCACUGCCCAAACUGAACCUGCAGUUCUUGACCCUGCACGAUUACCUACUGAGGAACUUCAAUCUCUUCCGGCUUGAGAGUACAUAUGAAAUACGUCAAGAUAUUGAAGAUGCCGUGUACCGGCUCGCUCCGUGGCGCGCAGAAGAUGAUAGCGUCUUCUUCGGAGGUUGGGCUCGAAUGGCCCACCCCAUCAAGAGUUUCGCUGUCGUAGAAGUGGCCAAGCCCAAUAUUGGCGAGAAAGCACCCUCACGAGUAAGGGCUGACGUCACCGUUACUCUCAGUGUGAGAAAUGAAAUCAAACACGAAUGGGAGAACUUAAGGAAGCAUGAUGUAUGCUUCUUAAUCACAGUGAGGCCGACUCAAGGCAUAGGCACGAAAUAUGACUAUAGAAAGAGUAUGGUGGAACAAGCUGGUAUAAUUUACGUGCGAGGUUGCGAAGUGGAGGGGAUGUUGGACGCAGCUGGGAGGGUAAUAGAAGAGGGUCCCGAACCGAAGCCCGAGCUAGACGGAGAUUCUAGAACAUUCCGGUUACUGCUAGAUCCUAACCAGUAUAGGCUGGAUUUGGAUCGCGCUAGUAAAGGAAAUGAGGAUGUGUACGAAACAUUCAACAUCGUGAUGCGGCGUAAGCCAAAAGAGAACAAUUUCAAAGCGGUCUUGGAGACGAUCAGAGAGCUGAUGAACACAGAGUGUGUGGUCCCCGAGUGGCUCCACGACAUCGUGCUGGGAUACGGAGACCCGGGACAGGCUCACUAUACCAGAAUGCCGAACGAGAUAUCGACUCUGGAUUUCAACGAUACAUUCUUGGAUAUGGAGCAUUUGCGAAACAGCUUUCCCGGCUACGAGAUCAAAGUGAAGACUGACGACCCGCGCAAACUCGUGCGACCAUAUAAGGUUACAUUCGAAAAUGUACUACGGAAACAGCAGCUUGGCGACCAAGCCAUGGAGGAAGAUGAUGAAAAGAAAUCCAUCGUCGUGGAACCACACGUGCAGCCCAAGAGAGGCCCUUACUUGUAUAACGAGCCUAAAAAGAACAACAUACUUUUCACCCCGACGCAAGUGGAGGCCAUCCGCUCUGGAAUGCAACCGGGACUCACGCUGGUCGUCGGGCCACCGGGAACAGGUAAAACCGACGUGGCCGUGCAGAUAAUAUCGAACCUGUACCACAAUUUCCCGUGGCAGCGCACCCUGGUGGUGACGCACAGCAACCAGGCUCUCAACCAGCUGUUCGAGAAGGUCGCCGAGCUGGACGUGGACGAGCGACAUCUGCUGCGACUCGGCCAUGGCGAGGAGGCUCUGCAGACUGACAAGGAUUUCUCUAGGUACGGUCGCGUUAACUACGUACUAGCAAAACGAUUGGAGUUACUAGAACUGGUGGGACGUCUUCAGGCCACGCUGGAGGCCGGCGGCGACGCGGGCGCGACCUGCGAGUUGGCACACCACUUCCAUGUGUAUCACGUUAGACCAAGAUGGAAGGCUUUCUUGGACAAGUGUGCUCAGGAUCAGACGAAAUCCCCGGACACCGUCAGCAAAGAGUUCCCUUUCCACGAGUUCUUCGACGACGCGCCUAAACCUUUGUUCCCGGGGAAAACUUACGAGGAAGAUAUGGAGGUUGCCCGGAGCUGUUACAGGUAUAUCGAUCACAUCUUUGAAGAAUUAGAAGAAUUCCGCGCAUUCGAACUACUUCGCUCGGGUCUGGAUAGAUCCAAAUAUCUGCUGGUGAAGGAAGCCAAGAUUAUCGCCAUGACGUGUACGCAUGCCGCGCUCAAGCGAUCAGAACUCGUUCAAAUGGGUUUUAAAUACGACAACAUACUGAUGGAAGAGUCUGCCCAAAUCCUUGAAAUCGAGACGUUUAUCCCUCUCUUGCUGCAAAAUCCCCAAGAUGGCCGCUCGCGCCUAAAACGAUGGAUAAUGAUCGGGGACCAUCACCAACUGCCUCCAGUGGUGAAGAAUAUGGCUUUCCAGAAGUACUGCAACAUGGAACAGAGUUUGUUCACGAGGAUGGUGCGGCUCGGAGUGCCCUACGUGGAACUGGACGCACAAGGUCGUGCCCGGCCUAGCAUUUGCAACCUAUACCGCUGGAGGUAUCGGGCGCUUGGGGACCUUUCCCAUGUGACCAGACAACCUGAAUAUCGAGCAGCCAACGCCGGUCUCAGGUUCGACUUCCAGCUGAUCAACGUGGACGACUUCAACGGCGCUGGUGAGACUGAACCGAGCCCGUACUUCUAUCAGAACCUGGCGGAAGCGGAGUACGUGGUCGCGGUGUUUAUGUACAUGCGGCUGGUGGGCUGGCCCGCGUCUCGGAUAUCCAUCCUCACCACUUACAACGGGCAGAAGCAUCUCAUUCGUGACGUCAUCGACAAGCGGUGCGCGGACAAUCCACUCAUUGGGCGACCGCAUAAGGUGACGACCGUGGACAAAUACCAAGGGCAACAGAACGACAUCGCCCUAGUAUCGCUAGUGCGGACGAAGGCGGUGGGGCACGUGCGCGACCUGCGGCGGCUCAUCGUGGCCGCGUCGCGGGCGCGCCUCGGGCUCUACGUCUUCGCGAGGGUCAACCUCUUCCGGAACUGCUUUGAGCUGCAGCCCACUUUCAAUCAGCUCGUGGAGCGUCCGUUGGAAUUGGAACUGGUACCCGGGGAGCGUUUCCCUGCUCAGCGGACCCUGGCGGCCGCCGUGCCCCCGGCGCUGGUGCUGAGAAUCCGGGACAUGCCGCAUAUGGCCAGAUACGUCUACGAUAUGUACCUCGAAACCGUCCGGGACGCCAACAAGCAGAUACAGCGGCCCGGCCCUACAUCGUGGUCUGCCCCGGGCACCGAGUCCGCGGCGCGCUCCCACCAGCCGGCCCACUUCGUGCCCACUCACCCCGGGGCCGCUCCCGACAGCGACGACGAAGACUUCCAGCCCACACAGAUAGUCAACGAAGUCGAAGAUACGCCAGAUACUUAGAACACAGUCCUUAACUGUUUUAAAUGUUUGCAUUAAUUUAAAAAAUAAAUACUGCAGUAAAAGAAUCUUCUACUGCGCCACAUUUUCGCACCGUGCCCAGUAUACUGCUAGCGUUUCUCCGCUGUAUACGCUAAAACUAAGGUGCCAGCUUUCAAGUCGCCUAUGUACCACAAAAGAUAUUUUGUGAUAUACGAAUUUCUCUCCCCAGUAUUCUGUAAUUUGAAUCUUGCGGUUGUCUUGUUAAAAGUUUGUACAUAGGAAUAAGUGGGAAUAAGUUUAGUGAAUAAAAUUAUAUUAAGUGA